GUCGUGCACCGCCUGAUCCCGUGAUGCAGACGAUGGAACGCCCGCACCAAGACACUCACGCCAACGGCCAAAAAGGGGCGCUCGGAAGGCAUCUGGAUGAGGCAUUUAUUCUCUUCAGAACCCCCCGCCUCCGCGCCAUCACCCUGAGCCUGUACAGCAACUACCUGCUGGUGGGCGCCGUGUACUUCGGCCUCUCCCUCAGCGGCGGCGACCUCAGCUCCGACCCGUUCCUGUACAUGGCGCUGACGGGGGUCGUGGAGCUGCCGGCCUACACCCUGGUCAUCCCCCUGGUGGCUCGCUACGGCAGGAGGGCCCCCGUCGUCGCCUUCUUCUUCAUAAUUCUCAAUUGCUGGGGAAACCAAAAGAAAAAAGUAAUACAUCUGUUUUCUUACCCCCUUUCAGGAUCGAUGGUUUUAGCCCUUAUAGGAAAGAUGAGCAUCGCUUCAGCAUUUCAGAUCCUUGACUUAUACUCUUCAGAACUCUUUCCUACGGAGGUCAGAACGAGAGGAAUGAGCACUGCCCAUGUUAUGUCAAGGGUGGGGUCUGCCUGUUCGCCUUACAUUAUAGACUACUUGGGCCCCUUGUACCCGUGGGCGCCGUCAGCCGUGUUCGGGGCGGCGUCGGUGCUGGCGGGGCUGGCCACGCUGCCCCUGCCGGAGACGCUGCACGUGCCCCUCCCGGACACCAUCGCGCACCUGGAGGAGCGAGAGAUCAGGACCAGACACUCAGGCUAGCUCUUUUUCGCAGAGUACUUCGUCUGUUCCUUUCAUUACCAUUCUCAGGGGCGUCUAUAUCCCAGCUUGUUGUUUACACGGCCAAUCGGAACUAUCGCUUAACAAGCUCGAUUUCAGUCAACAAGCAUGGCAGUGACGUCAUUAAUCUCUGCAAACUCCGAGUUGAAUCAAACUUCGCGUGUAUGCAGUGAUGACGUCACGGCAAAUAUCAAAAUAAAUUCUGUGUAGAAAAAUAAACAGAAAUAGGAGGAUAUAUAAAAACAAAUAAAAUAAAUGCUUCUA